CGUGCAGAACACCGUAGUCGCAAUCCGAACAUUCCCGAGUUAAUCUACAAGUUCCUCGUCGCAGAGGACCAGGCUGCUCGCGACGUCAAGCGCGUUCAAGCGGCAAAGUGUCGUAGCUGCGGCCGCCAGAGACCCCACAACGAGGUCGUAGAUUCCGCAAGUACCAACAAAGGCAUGGGCUACAGAGCACGCAGGGACGCCGGUAAAGUCUCAAAGUCACGUGGCAUCAAGCGACGUCCCACCUCGAGGGAUCUACCGAUUUCGUAUUUGCAAAAAUGCAUAGACGCCGAAGGUACGAGGAAGACGAGAAAAUACAUUAAGAAGGCGUUAAACUUCGCUGUCGAGUCCGGUUACCUUAUUCCCUCUGAUCCCACGUACAAGAUCCUACGUGUAUCGUCAGAUCUGAUGAAAAGCGAUUCACAGAAGAGUAAAAAUAGUACGAACGAUAAGGAACGCGAAACCCCGAAUAAGCUCGAAGAUCUCCAGGUGCAGGAACAAAGGAGGAGGCGAAGGGGGCGAACACGAUCGAGAAGCCCGCCAAGAAGACGCCGACGUAGAAGCAGGAGAGGAAGGAGGAGGAGGAGGAGGGGGGGGAGGAGAAGUAGAAGUAGGACUAGAAGUAGAUCGCGUAGCAGAGUUGGCAGAAGAAUUUCCAGCCCGCAGAAUCCCGAAGAGGUUGCUGAGGAUGGUGAGGCGGAUGAUUACGAGAUGAACGAGAACGAUCCAAAAGGUAGUAAUAUUCACACCAAUGGCGUAGACAGAGAGCCAAAGACUACGCGACCGAAGCAAGCUGACGAGGAACAAUCCAAAAAACCCGAGGAGAAUGAUUCGGAUUUAUCCGUCGACGAGGACGAAAGCGACGAUGAAGAAGGAAAGAAGAGAGUUGACACCACAGAGUCAUAGUUUUCCAAUAUCGAGCAAUUAAUUGCAAUUUGCAAUUUUUGUAGAAAAAAUACUUCUCUUUCGUUUGGCAUAAGGAUCGUCUAAUGUCUGUCUAAAAUAGAAAAUUGAUUUUCAUGUAGAAUCGAUCAAUUCGUUUACACUUUUUGAUAUCUGCUUACAGCUUGGAAUGU